GCUAUUUAUUAUUCAUUGACAAUGGAGUGAUUUUAUUUCGAAUGCAAAAUUUCUAAGGGAUUCGAACUUUAAAGUACAAGUACACAUAUUAUAAUAGAAAAAAAGAAGAGGUGAAUCGUCCUCUUCAUCCUUCUCACUUUCACUUUUUACUCAUCUCAUCGACUUAAAGGUUCUCUCGACCUCAUACCCAUUUUAUAUCCUCAGUUUUGAAUUGUUCUUAUAUCGUGAACUUGAUUUUUCCUCCUCGGUCAUCAUCAUGCAUCAAUUUUUUAUUUUUUAUCUCGUGUGUCCCUUGAUUUUAUCGCCAAUAUUCGCACGUGAAACAUUUAACACAAUGCCACCUCCUGUAGUGACAAAUUUCACAUGUCGUGGCCGUGAAAUGGGAUUUUAUGCCGAUUUAGAAAUGAAUUGUCGUGUUUAUCACAAUUGUGACGAUCAUGGAAAUAAAUUCACUUAUUAUUGUCCAAUAGAUACGGCAUUUCGUCAAGAGGCAAUGGUAUGUGAUCAUGCACAUUUAGUCAAAUGUCAAAGUGUCGAUGACAAUCCACCCGACAAAAGUGACGAACAAUUAAUUAAUAUUCGACAAUCAUUUCGAAAUUCAUCGCCAACAAAUGAUAGAAAAAAUGCAGGAUUCUCACGUUCUUUUCGCAUUGGACAAGAUUAUACAUCCGCGAAUUCAGUGAAAAAUAAAAAUCCCACAUUCACUCUUAAUUCAAGUGUAUUUCUUCGAAAUCGAAGUGAUAUUGUGAAAAAAUCAUCAUCAUCAAUGACAAGUACCAAGAAUUUUAAUUUUAUCACAACAAAAUCACCAGCAAUGAAUUUUGCAAAAAAAAAAGAAUUCACCACAACUAUUCGACCAUUAUCUUCCAAUAAUCGUAAUACAAAUUUUGAUUUUCUUCAAGCUCCGCCAAAAAUUGCUGAGAAAUCAAUUGAAAAUCGAAAUUUUUUCAUAAAUCGCGAUGAAGUGUUUCCUAAAUCAAAAAGUCGUCCUCUAAUGUUUCUUGAACCGCCUUUUAUCAAUAACGGUGUAAAAACCACAAAUUCUUACGAAUUUACAACAAAAUUGCCAUUUAAUUUUGCCAAUAAUAAUUAUCCCUAUAUGGAAACAUUACGUUCAAUUCAACGUGAAUCAAGAACAGAGUCAUCAUUUUUCUCAACAACAACAAAAAGAUCAGUGACUACAAAAUCAUCACCAAAAACUGUCACAGAAAUUCCAUUUACCAUUUUCACAGCUUCAUUAAAACCAUUAAUACCAAAUGAAGUUGAAUAUGAUCCAUAUUAUCCAAAAUUUCCAACAUCAACGGAAAUUCAUUAUACACUCAAGGAUACGAAUCGUAAUAUUAAACCAUCAAAAUUAUCAACAAAAAAACCGCCAACUGAUUUACAUUUGAGAAUACCGUCAAUACUUCCCGAUUUAAAUAGUUUAGAAGAUUUGGUUGAUCGAAGGAAGAUUUUUUACAUUCCAAAAUCAAGAUCAAAUUGAAAAAUCUAUUUUUCAUUAUAUUUAUUAAAUUUUAAUAUUUAAUAAAAAAAAAAAAAUUCAAAAGAAUUCGUUAUUUUUGGAAAAAAAAAGAAUUGUUAAAAAGUGUUUAAAAACAAGGAUUACCCAUAUUUGAAUUGUAGAAUACUCGCGCGGCAAUUUGAGAAAUUUAAAUUACCUGUCACAAAGGAGGAGAGCUUAUUUUAGAGAUAAAGUGUGAAGAAACUUUAUUAAAUAUAAAGUUCAGUCAUAGUGUGAUUAUGCAAAUAUCGUGCAGCCAUUUAAUAUAAUCAACGAGAACAUCUCUGGUUUCAUUGCUUUUCAAUGUAAAUGAAUUUUUAUCUCAACAAAAAAAAUUAUGAUUUAUUUCCAUUUGAA